CCGUCCAAAGAUGCUAAAAUCCACCAGCCCUUGAAAGACAGCAUCUGGUCCAAGGAGAAUGACAUCCCCAAGUCCUCACAGGACACCAUCCUGUCCAAAGAUAUUAAAAUCCAUAAGCCCUUAAAAGACACCAUCCAAUCCAAUGAGAGUGACAUCCCCAAGUCCUCACAGGACACCAUCUUGUCCAAAGAUGUUAAAAUCCACAAACCCUUAAAAUAUACCAUUCAUACCAAGGAGAGUGACACCCCCAAGUCCUCACAGGACACCAUCUUGUCCAAAGAUAUUAAAAUUCACAAACCCUUAAAAUACACCAUCCAUUCCAAGGAGAGUGACAUCCCCAAGUCCUCACAGGACACCAUCCUGUCCAAAGAUAUUAAAAUCCACAAACCCUUAAAAUACACCAUCCAUUCCAAGGAGAGUGACAUCCCCAAGUCCUCACAAGACACCAUCGUGUCUGAAGAUGUUAAAAUCCACAAACCCUUAAAAGUCCAGUCCAAGGAGGGAGAAAUCACUAAGUCCCCAGAAGACACCGUCCAGUCCCAGGAAGGUGAUAUUAUCAAGUCCUCAGAAGAUGAAAAGCUACCCAAGGAAAGCAAAAUCUCACAUUUGGAAGAAGAAACAGCGUCUCUAGAGGAAGACUUUGUGAGAAUGGUCAUAGACAAGGAGGAAUUUGAAGAGGCGCUUAAAGAGGCUGGGGAGAAACUGGUGGCUGUGGACUUCUCCGCCUCGUGGUGUGGGCCUUGCAGAACCAUGCGGCCAUAUUUCCAUUCUCUGUCUGUGAAACAUGAGGACGUGGUGUUCCUGGAAGUGGACGCUGAUGACUGUGAACAGCUGGUGCAGGACCGUGAUGUCUUUUGCCUCCCAACUUUCCAGUUUUAUAAAAAAGAAGAGAAGGUGGGUGAAUUUUCUGGUGCCCUUGUGGAAAAACUGGAAGCAAGCAUCGAAGAAUUAAAGUAAUCAUAUAUUCUGAACAUCAUAAAUGAGUUAAUAGCUGAUUUCUCUUUAAUUUGCAAAAAAAAAAAAGAUUAAACAAAUGUGUUCUCCCAAA